CACCCGUAGGGCCUAGACGUCAUCCCACCCCACAACCCUCCUCUUCCCCGUUUUUCCUCUUGUUCUGUUUUCCACUCUCACGUAUCUCUUCCUCCUUGCAAAUCCAGGUCGAUGAUGCAUUCUUGUUCUUUCCAAUGGCCGACGACCAUCUAUUGUCACCGACCCUCUGUCGUCGUUGUUAUAACCCAGAAAAGGGACACCGGCCGUUGUUGCUACAUCUUGGAAAAGUGACCCAAACGAUCGACCAUCAACAAGGUGGAGGUCCACCUCUAUCGGCGCUCCCACUGCCGCCCUAUGUCCGACAUCGUCACCCCUCAACCUUUGUUCCAAAUUCAGACCAUCCCUUUCUCUCUAAGAUAUCAUCGAUACCAAAACCCACAAAAAACCCAAUCUGAAAAAUCAAACUCCACAAUCACCGAUUCAAGGAUUUGUCAUCUGAAAUCAGAGAUUCAAGGGGAGAUUGGGAACAGAGUUGUAGAUGCAAGAGAUCGGGAAUGAGUUGUACGUCGAUGAAAUCGGGUUAGAUUUCAUGGAAAUUUAAGGUCUUGGGAGUGGAUUUGAUUCAGUUUUUUUUAUUACAUUUAUCAAGAAGAAAACCAAAUUUUUUGAUUUCGU